AUGUCUACCUCUCUCGAGCAGCUCAAGGCCUCCGGCACCGUUGUCGUCUGUGACUCUGGUGACUUUGCCACCAUCGGCAAGUACAAGCCCCAGGAUGCUACCACCAACCCCUCCCUGAUCCUGGCUGCUUCCAAGAAGCCCGAGUACGCCGCUCUGAUCGACUCCGCUGUUGCCUACGGUAAGACCAAGGGCAAGACCGUCGACGAGCAGGUUGACGCCACCCUGGACCGUCUCCUGGUUGAGUUCGGUACCAAGAUCCUGGAGAUCAUUCCCGGCAAGGUCUCGACUGAGGUCGACGCUAGGCUGUCCUUCGACACCGAGGGCUCCGUCAAGAAGGCCCUCGAGAUCAUCAAGCUGUACGAGGAGGCCGGUAUCUCCAAGGACCGCAUCCUCAUCAAGAUCGCCUCCACCUGGGAGGGUAUCAAGGCUGCCCACAUCCUGCAGUCCAAGUACCAGAUCAACUGCAACCUGACCCUGAUGUUCUCCCUGGUCCAGGCCAUCGCUGCCGCCGAGGCCGGUGCCUUCCUGAUCUCCCCCUUCGUUGGCCGUAUCCUCGACUGGUACAAGGCCGCUCACAAGCGCGACUACACUGCCGAGGAGGACCCCGGUGUCAAGUCCGUCCAGGACAUCUUCAACUACUACAAGAAGCACGGCUACAACACCAUUGUCAUGGGUGCCUCUUUCCGCAACACCGGCGAGAUCACCGAGCUCGCUGGCUGUGACUACCUGACCAUCUCCCCCAACCUGCUGGAGGACCUGUACAACAGCACUGCUGCCGUCCCCAAGAAGCUCGACGCUGCCGAUGCCACCAAGCUCGACAUUCCCAAGCGCGCUUACCUCGAGAACGAGGCUGAUUUCCGCUUCGACUUCAACGAGGAGGCCAUGGGUGUUGAGAAGCUCCGUGAGGGUAUCUCCAAGUUCGCUGCUGAUGCGGUUACCCUCAAGGACCUGCUCAAGGCCAAGAUCCAGGCCUAG